CUCAUUCUCGCCCGUCGUUUUCCCACACUCCCGAGGCAUCCUACCCAUCCCGCAUCGUCAUCGCCAUCAUCAUCACCAUCACCGGUUACGACGACCGCACAGCCAGCGGCCAACUUCCACGAUUCUUUUUCCCAUCAUCCGCCCGCGUGUCGGCUCUCCGCCUUCCCGUCCCGUCCCGUCCCGUCCCAUCGCAGGCAGAAAGAGAGCCAUAGACGCGCGUUUGCGAGGGUGCGGUCCAGUGCGCGAACAGGACAGACAGGCGACGGAAGGAUGCUGCGCGCUCGACGGCACUGAAAACCCCGAACCGGACAAAGAUUCUCCUUCCUUGUCCUGCUCACCACGCUGUCGCCGCGGGUUACCCGUCCGCCGCAAGCCGGCCGCCCUCUUGCGAUUACCUCCACUCUUCUUGCAUCACCACCACCACCACCACCACCACCACCGCUGCCGCCACCAUGUCCGGGAUGCCGAAGCCGAAGCCUCCAGCGCAGCAGCAGCAGAAGCAGCAGCGCCCGACGGCAGGCCAAAUCCUCAGCCUGCCGCCGCAGUGGCUCGCCAUGUACGACGACUUCAUCACUAAGAACGCUGGCCAGGUGUCGCAGAUUGAGAGCGCCCUGCGGAGCUUGACGUACAUUAUACCCGGCCGCUUCCGCGACGCCGAAAUCGCCUCCGAGUCGAUACACUCGGGCGUCCAGCUUCUGUCCCUCUACCACGACACCCUCCUUUCCCGCGCCGUCUCGCGCCUCCCCGUCGCUCCCGUCCGCUCCGCCCACGCCCGCUACACCCGCUUCUGGGCGCACAAGAGCAAGCUCUACCGCCGCGUCGCCAUGCUUCUCCAGAUGGUCGUCUAUACCGAGUUGCUGUGUGAGAUGUCGGCCAAGCGCCGCGGCGGCGACAAGGCCCGCUGGCGCGUCGUUGUUCUCCUCGAGGCCAUCAAGGCCGUCUGCCGCCUCGUCCUGCUCCGCGUCACCCGCUCGCGGCCCCUUGUCACCCCCUGCCUGCCCGAGCGUGAACCCGUGCCCGAAGACGAUGUCGGCGACGACGACGACGACGGCCUCGCCGCCGCCGCCGCCAUCGCCUCCGACGAACAGGCUUCAUCGCGCAGCGAGAGCGAGCUUAUGGACGAGGUGGCGCCGGAAAGCGCCGCCGCCAGGGAAGUGACUGGCGGCUCGGAGAGCCAUAGGCCGCCGCCGCACGAGCGCGAAUGGACCAUGCCCAGGACCGGCAUGAGCCUCCCCUCGCUCCCCGAGCCCGGCGACAUCAGCUCGUACCUCCUCGGCCGCGUCCUCACCGCCGACGACAUCAAGCCCGCCGCCAAGCUCCUCAACACCCUUCAGGGCGCCGGGCAGGCCGCCGAGGUCCUCCACAUCCUCGCGCCCCUCGCCUACGCCGUCGCGCUCGCCCGCAGCCGCAACAAGAAGUCAUGGACGCCGUGGCUUGUGGGCCUGGCCGUCGAGUACGCCGCCCGUCAGCUCCGUGACCGCAGCCUGCGCACCACCACGCUGGAGCGCGACGAGUGGAACAAGAGGGGCUGGGCCAUGGGCUGGUGGACCAUGCGCGGCGCCUUUUACCAAAACGUCACCAAGAGCGUCGUCGGCGGCGUCACCAGGCGGAUGCCGGGCUUCAUCGCCGGCAUACUCGAGGACUACGAGUACCUGUGGGAGAACUACUACUUCAGCACGAGCGCCUGAUGACGAGGCGUCGGUUGGGCUGCUCGGUCCCCGCCUGCAGAGCAGAGCAGAGCAAAGAAAAGCAGAGCGGGGCGGUCUAUGCCCCACGGCACGCCAAUCUGUGUCGUUGAACUCCCAUGACCUCACCCUGCAGUCUCUGGCCCGGCAAGCAACCUUUUUUUUUUUCUCUCCCGGUCCCCCGUGUCUGCUGUCGCGCCGAGGGGUUGGGUCGACGUGAUGGCGUUGUCGACACAUUGGUACAUGGCGUCGUUGGUGAAACAGCCGACUUCUCGAUUCGGCUACGCACCUUGGGUAGCUCAAAGUUCAGACUUCGGGGCCCGUGGCGGUGCCCGGCCAAGCCCGACGGUGACAGGGCAAGGUAGCACUCGUCGGAUCGGCCAAGGCGCGAUGCGAUGGGCUGUGCACGGCGCCGCGAGGAGGAGGAGAUGCUAGAUCCCUGACACUACCGAUAACCGUGGGCGGGCGGGCCUGCGGGACCCCCCUCCUUUCGACCUCGGCGAUGUUGGAGAGCGCCUUUGCUCGCCGCGUCGGCAUCUGCCGCGCGCAGGCCCCCAAACCCAGGUCCAGGUCCGGGGAGUCUGGACGGGCAUGAAGCACGGCACACGAGAUGCGGCUGUCCUUCCUGGACGCCGAACCCGAGGCAGCAGCAGCAGCAGCAGCUUCUACUACUACUAUUACCACGGGGGAGGACCCUGCGUCGCGGGGAGAAAGGGGGGGGGGGGUGGGAGGAACACACGCAGAUAAGAGCAUCCAGGUAUAUUCUCUGCGUACGAAGUACAGUACGUACGCGGGUGUGCUAUGUAAAGCAAGGUUUCCCCUAAAGUCGAUCAGGUUUUGGCCCCCAGACCUGGACGAGGACGACGGCCGAACUGGUGGGAUCACGGGCACUGGGCAUGCAUGGUUCAUGGAUUGAUUAGUAUGGCGAAGCGGCACGGCGGGCGACGGCAUCGAUCCGAGUUGGUGUGGGCAGCGUUCUCCCUCGUGUGUGCUCGCACGCCCAUCCAUGUAUGUCUCUCUCUCUCUCUCUCUCUCUCUCUCUCUCUCUCUCUCGCGCGCGCGCUCGCCCCGCGCCGCGCCGCGGCUGAGGCGAGACGUCUGCAACGCGAACCCCCCCCCUUGCUGGGCCGCCUGUACAUACGUAUACAUAUUACACAUUACACGCAUAUACAU